AUGAUUCCACGCCGACGAGGAAACAAAGCCAAGAAGGGUGUCCAGUUCACCGUCAUGGUUGUUGGUGCUUCAGGCACUGGCCGUACCACUUUCGUGAACACCCUCUGCGAGUCUGAGGUCUUGCCCCACAAAAUCUGCGACAACCCGGAGACGGCUCAGGUUGAGGAGGGCAUCAGGAUCAAGCCUGUGAACAUUGAGCUUGAGGAAGACGGUGUGCGCAUCGCAUUGACUAUUGUCGAUACCCCGGGUUUUGGCGACAACAUUGACAAUGAAUUCGCCUUCCAAGAAAUAGUUGGCUACUUGGAACGCCAAUACGACGACAUUCUCGCGGAAGAGUCCCGCAUCAAGCGUAACCCUCGCUUCCGCGACAACAGGGUACACGCGCUCCUGUACUUUAUCCCCCCUACCGGCCACUCCUUGAGAGAAAUGGACAUCGAGUUGAUGCGCCGCCUGUCGCCCAGAGUCAACGUCAUUCCCGUCAUUGGUAAGGCGGAUUCUUUGACUCCAAGUGAGCUUAAGGGCUUCAAGAAGAGGAUCAUGGAAGACAUUGAACAUUACGAUAUCCCUGUCUACAACUUCCCGUAUGACGUCGAGGAAGAUGACGAAGAGACAAUCCAGGACAACAGCGAGCUUCGCGCACUCUUGCCCUUCGCCAUCAUUGGCUCUGAGGAGGAAGUUGAGAUUGACGGCCAACUCGUUCGUGCAAGAAUAUACCCUUGGGGGAUUGCAGAGGUCGACAACCCAAAGCACUCAGACUUUAGCCGCCUACGAAGUGCUUUGCUCGGCUCUCACCUAGGCGACUUGAAAUCGCUCAUUCAUGAUGUGCUUUACGAAACCUACCGUACUGAGAAGCUCUCAAGGACCGUCCACGCCGACUCACACGACUCUUCCAUUCAUCCCGAAGAGCUUGCUAGCCAGAGCGUGCGACUCAAGGAAGAGCAACUACGUCGUGAAGAAGAGAAGCUCCGCGAAAUCGAAUUGAAGGUGCAACGUGAGAUCAACGAGAAGAGACAAGAGCUGUUGGCGAAGGAAGAAUCCCUCAGGAACCUGGAGAGUCGCCUUGCUGCCCAAGGGUCGCAGUCGGAAUUCCGCGACUAG